ACGGCGAGAUGCGUAUUGGAAAAAACGGUCAGGUGAUUUAUGGGUGACUCCGAGAACGAUAAUUUAAUCACGAUGACUGCGCCAUCCUCUUCUUCCCUCCCUCGCCCUCCAAGCCGUACGAUAAGAAAUACAUUCUAGAAGUGAAGACAAAGAAAAAUCAGAGAAAAGGGGGUUUGUGUUACCGAAAAGCCUUGGUCAAUUAUGAAAUAUGACAAAAAAGCAUCAACCCCUGAGCGCGAACCUCGGAAACUGUUGAGGUCAAAACCCCAUUUAAUCAUGACCCCAAGUGACGAAAUCUAAGGCUCAUUUCUAUCUUAUCUUACUCGCGUACUUUAUACCUGCUCCUGACUUCAACUGAUAUCAGCGUACGCACUGUACUAAAACGAUGGCGUUGAAGAGCGCCUCGAGUCUCUUAACUUUCUACUAUCUUACACUCGGUAGCUUCUGCCUGGGUAACACAGCCGAUAUGUCGGCUUUUAAUAGCCCUGGUCAUGGACCGCCGGCCACAGAUUUUGCUGCAGCAGACUCACUGCCGAUCUCAGUCCUUCGGGCAGCAGCAACAGCCGCUAGCGUAGUUCCGGAGGACGCAACAUAUCCCUUUAGCCUGGGUAGCUCCGAAACAUCCACCAUACACAGCGACUGGGUCUCCUUUAAAGAAGGCGCUGCUCUGUCAUGGGUGGCUGAUAUGGAUGUGGAUUGCGAUGGGGUAAACCAUAAAUGUGAGGGAAAUGGAGAUGGCCAACCGCAGACAAAUUGGGGGGCUCUGUCUGCAUAUGCAGUGCCUUACAUUGUGAUUCCCGAUAGGUUCCUGAUUGCAAAUAAGGAUAUUCUACCAGGAAAUAAUAUCGCAGCCGUGAUUUGUAAUGGCAAGAUGUAUUAUGGGAUCCUCGGCGACUCUAAUGGGGAUGACCCCCAAAUUACCGGUGAAGCGUCGUGGCUGAUGGCGAGGACAUGCUUCCCCGAGGAGAAUCUACAGGGAAAUAAUGCCCAUUCGUCUAAAGAUGUCAUCUAUAUUCUUUUCACUGGCAAAGGUGCUGUUCUCCCUUAUAACGCCAUGGAUAAAACCUAUAUCACGGAUUUCGGCACCCUGAGGUCUAUGGGCGACAAGCUUGUCAGAGCACUUGCCUCGAACGUGGAUACAUCAACUUCAUCCGAAUCUGCAGCUACAAGCCUGUGGGCAGGGCGGGAAGGUCUAGUGAGGAUGAUUGUUGUGCUAUUCUGCGUUGUACUGGUCACGUUGGCUUUGUGAUACAUCUGAUUAUGGUCAUAUAUCUUUGGGUUUUAGUCUGGGACAAGUCAUAGACGGUGAUGCAUGUUACAAAAAUGAAAGCUACUUGGAGGAUUUUGUCGUAUGCUUGGGGGUUGGGUCAUUAGACAAUUACUUUACAUGAAGACAAGGGAAAGAGAU